AAUCUGCGGGUAAUUACCCGAAUUUCGGGUAUUUUCAACUAGUGCGGGGAAAAUUGCGAGUAUUCUCUGGUUUCGGGUAAAAUGAGGGUAUUUUUGUACAAUGAGAAAUAACACUUUUGAUGAAGGGUAAAGUUUUUGCUGUAACCAUUGGAAAUAUGUGUUCCAGAUAAUAUUGUUCAACAUUAUAUAACCUAGAAUAUUUAUCAGUAUAUUUUAGCCCAGGAGGAAAUCAUUUAUGUAAUUAUAUCUAUGAUUGAACUUUUAACCUAAAAUUAUGCCUCAGUAAAUUAUCCUGAUAUCUGUGACUAUUAUUUAGACAUUGUUGUGGUGGUGUAUGGCUAUUGUUUUGCUGUGCGGGAAUUUGUUAUGAACUGUUAGGUUGCAUUCUAAACAUCAAUAUGCAUAUUGUCUGAACUAUAAAGUUUGAUUAUAAAUAACAAUAUGGAAAAGUGGCUAGGGCUACGUCAAAAUAGCGACCAAGAACCAAGUUGCAGCUCUCAGUCGGCAGAAAUAAGACUCCAUGAAUGCAAUCCAGACGCAAGUUUAGAUAUUAUAGCAGAAUCUGAAGAAAAACAAAGUCAUUGUGUUCUUAAAAACCCGAGAAAAAAGUUAAAAAUAAGUGGGAAAAUAAAAAGGACUAAUAAGUUUUGUGAUUCCUGGUUGCAAAUACCAGAACUCAAGUCCUGGUUACAAAAAUCCAACAAAACUAGCUUAGGCAAUGAGUUAGCGUACUGUACAGUAUGUAGAGUUGACAUAACUGCACACAAGAAUGAUAUCACUCGUCACAGUAAUUCGUCAAAACACCAGUUAAACUGGCAACAAGUAAGCACUUCACACAAACUGACGAGUUUAAAAUUUAUAACUUCAGACGAAGUUAAAAGAGCCGAAAUUAAAUUAGCUGGUUUGAUAGCUUCUAACAACCUACCAUUCUCAUUGGUUGAUACAUUAGUACCAUUAUGUGCAGAUAUUUUCCCUGACUCAAAGAUUGCAAAAAAUGUUACUUUGGGACGAACCAAAGCCACAGCAGUUGUGAAAGACGUUCUAGGUCCAGCUUUCCAAUCAAAAUUGCAUAAGCAUUUAGCUGAAGCUGGGACAUUUUUGUCAAUAAUUAUGGACGAAACCACUGACAUGAGUUCUGUGAAACAGUGCGCAUUUGCUGUAGUGUACUAUAAUAAUGAAACUCACAGUGUUGUAACAAGUUUCCUGGACAUGGUGAGUGUGACUUCUAGUGCAGCAACUGAUUUGUUUGAGUGCCUAAAAAAUUGCUUACAUCUGAAAAACAUUCCACUGUCAAAUAUUGUCGGCUUUUCUGCUGAUACAACAAAUGUGAUGGUUGGUGAACAUCAUUCUGUAUUUUCUUUGCUGAAAGAAAAUGUGCCAGGCAUUGUUUGCAUAAAAUGUUCAUGCCACAUGAUUCAUCUGGCUGCUUCAAAAGCUUGCUUAGUACUUCCUCGUUCAGUUGAAGAUUUGCUGAGAAAUCUUGGUGCUCAUUUUAGUAGGAGUUACAUAAGAAGAGAAAAACUGAGAGAAUUUCAAAUUUUUUUCCAAACAGAAAUUCAUAACAUUCUUUCUCCAGCUGUCACACGUUGGUUGUCACUGAAGGCUUGCAUUGACAGGGUUUUAGAGCAGUACUUAGCACUUGAAUCAUAUCUUAGAGAGUCUGUCUUUGAAGAUCCUUCAAGAACAACAGAAGAUAUGCUGAAGACCAUGGAAAACAAGUAUACUAAAAUGUAUAUGGAGUUUAUGUCAUAUGUUCUUGGUCUUUUGACAAAUUUCAACACGCUCUUUCAAGGUGAAAUGCCAUUGCUCCAUCGACUCAAACCAGAAGUUGAAAGACUUCUGAAGACCCUAUGCUGUAAUUUUAUGAGUCCAUCAUAUGUUAAAGGCAUGGAUGUAUUGACAAUUGAACAUAAAAAUCCAUCAAACUAUGUUGCUUUAAAUAAAGUAUAUCUUGGAAUCCUUGCACAAAGUAGUUUGGACAAACUUACAGAAGAUAAGAAUGUUCGUGAAAAUGAUUUACAGUUUUUUCUAAAAUCAUGCCUCCAGUUUUAUGUCGAGCUUGUAUCACAGAUCAAAAGUAGGUUUGAUUUUAGUGACAAAGUGUUUGAUGUUGUCAACAUAGUUGAGCCUUGUGUUGCCCAGUCUUUAGAGAUUCCAUCAAUUAUGCCAGUUCUGAAGCGUUUUCCUAUAUUAAAUGACCAUGUAAGUGCUCAAGCUGUAGACCAUGAAUGGCGGCAACAUGCGAUGUUAGACCAUGCAAAACUUGGUCUUGAUAGUUCAAAACCAGCAGAGGAGUAUUGGAAGGAUGUUUUCAAUCUCAAGAAUGCAGCUGGAGCGAAACUCUUCGAAAAUCUGGAAAAGGUAUUGGGACUUCUCUUGGUUCUUCCAUUCUCCAAUGCAUGCGUGGAAAGACUUUUCAGCACACUUAGAAACAUCAAGACAUAUCACAGAAACAAACUAUCAAAUGAUACUUUGGUAGCUUUGAUUAGUUCAAAGGAAGGUAUUGAAGCCGAGGGAGGCUGUGUUUCAUUCAAUCCCAGCAAGACAAUGGUGAACACAAAACUGUGGAACUGAAACUACAGAACAUAUGGUGUUUUUAUAGUAAAUUUAUACGAUUUAAAUUACAGUGUAAUUUUAUAAGGCAAUUGGCCAUAAUAGAAGUUGUUUUAUGUAGUGCUUAUUAUGUUCCAAUUAUAUUUGUAUUUAUUUAAUAAUUUAAAUGUGUACAUACCUACAUAAAAAAAUAUUUUUAAUGCUUUGUAGACAGCCAUUUAUUAUACGAUAAAUACCUACUUUCAAAAUGGUUAAAAAGCUCACAGCAUGAAAUUCUUGUUUUGAUAAAACUGUAUAAACGAUAAGUUUUACGUUCCAGCUAGAUGUUAAACAGGUAUUGAUGUUCUCGUUCAAGCUCUUGUGGGUGUCCGCCCUUAGUUACAAUUUUUUUUAGGAGUGCGGGUAAAAGCGGGUAUUUUUGCUUUCACAUGAGGGUAAAAAUGAACACCUGCAUUGGCAACACUGCCAGCCAUCUGGGUCUCGCAUUUACUUGACCACGGUCAUUUUAUGAGGGUGAACGUGAGAAAACCGCAUUGAAGUCAAUUAAAAUAGUCGGUAUGGUAUUUGGUUAUGUGCUUUUUUUUGCAAGAAUUAUAUUGAACAAGUCUUCCGUAAAGAAUGUGUGAAUUUCACAACUUUAUGGCUUUUGGAUACGUAAAUAACAACUACUGCGUUUUUGUUUCGCCGCGAGCAAUCGAACCUGCAUAUGAAGGUAAGCAAAUAUUUGAGAUAAGUUAUGACUGGAUGAAAAUAGAUGUGUUUGUUUGUGUUUUUAUCGGUUUGAUAUCACAGUAACUAUACUAUUGUGAUGAACGACUUUUUAGUUUGUUAACGUUGCUGAUUCGCGGAUUAAUGGAAAUUAGGCGAAUAAUAACUAAAGUGAAGUUGAGGUCAGCUUUGUACUUCAAUUACAGAUAAAUUACAGAUUUACUUGUUAUUAAUAUAGCAAGCGUAAUAUAAAUAACCUUUCACUUGGUUAUUAUUCGACUGAUUUCUCGGGAUAUGCGACAGUCUUUCCAAGCUUAACAACAUAAUUUUUAUUCGUGCCACUAAUACAAUUUACAUCCCAUAUUCCAUUAUCAGUUACAGCAAGUCCGAAUUUAACAUUUAUGGACACAAAACAUUAGUGAUUUACUAAGAUAUUUAAGAGAAAAAUAAUUUUUUUUUCCCAACUUUUCAUUGCUUCACUGAAAUUUUGUUUUCAAAACUAUGAGUGUAGUGAGCUUGUGCACCCAUCUACUUGCAGCAUUUGUGCUUGUUUAAAAAUUUGAAAUAGGGAUAAAAUGUGGUAGGUAAAUGGAUGUUCCUUUUGUGCUUAAUCUGCUAGCACUAUGUGAAGCAGGAUGGCAAAUAUAUUCAAUAAAAAAAAUUAAAUAAUUAAAUGAGUGCCAUUGGAUGUGUAGUUUAAAGGGGUGGUUCUUAACUAAACGAUUUUACAAUUUUUUUUUGUAGCUAGCCUAACUCAACUGACCAUUUUAAUUUCUCAAUCGUUGUAAUAUAACUAACAUAACCAACUGUCCUUACCCACUAUUUAAGUAUUUUAAAUGUAGCUUACUAAAUAUAACCUAACCAACCAUUUUCACAGUAUCACAAUUCUUGACAUAUUUUUUAAAAAUUAUUUAAGAAAUCAUUAUGUUAUUGUAGUAUACUGUUUUAACAAGUAGAAAUGUUAGGUUAGCUACAUUAAAAUUACUGUGAAAUGGAGUGAAUGAUUGGUUAGGUUAGAAUGUUGGGUUUACUUUUUGAAGGGUUCAAUGCCGAAACAUUUUGUUCAACAUUUAUAAAAAAAAAAAAUUUUUGUGUGAUUUAUUAUAUGGGGUCUAUAAUUUUAGCAGUUUAAAUUAUUACAUCCUUGCUUUAUUUAGGAAGAGUCUCUUAGGCUCUAGCUUAAAGGAAGAAAUUUUUAAAGUUAAGUUUUGGUGGGUACACUGUAGUGAUAUCUUACAUUUAAGGUUGAAACAACUUUCAUUUUUUUAAUGCAGUUAAUUUGUUAUGGGCUUCAUGCCAUAUGAACUGGGUUACUGUAAUACAAUUUCAUUGUACAUUAAAUAUUUUGGACCUAUUUACUGACUAAAGUUAUAUUCUGUUUGUAAAUACAGUGUGCCGUCACCCGACCUCAAAGGCCCGGGGGGUACCUGACGGGCGCUACGGGCGUCGCGAUGCUGUUGUUGUCCAGAGGGGCGCCAGGCUAGCGGGCUGCUAGGCUGUUGAUGUUGGGUCGUGGGUACUCUGCCCCCGCGUGCUCCGCCAGGUACACGGCUUGAAUCUAACCUGAAUGGUUCUCCCUUGGCUGUGCAGGCCGCUCGGCCGUGUGGAGGACGGGAGACUACGAAAAAUGAUUGUAUACGAGUUGGCUGUUGAUGGUGAAAGAAACAAUUCUGGCUGAUAUUUGGUGGAUAAUUCCCACAUGUCAAUAUACUCCAAGAAACCACGAAGUGUCUACAUAAGAAACAAAGAAUCAUUAUUCAUUAAGUAUUUUUCAUGUUUCAAUACAGGAAAAUCUUUAUUUUUGUUAAGUGCAGUUUAUGAAUAGAAGCAAAUAUUUCUUUUAAUGUUAAAUUAUUACUGUAUUUUUUUAUAUCAGUUAUUAUAAAAAAUAACUAAACGAAUAAUUCUGAGUAGCCUAUUUGUUAUGUACAGACAUAAUAUUGAAAUAUUUCAAAAUUUAGAGUUUUACCUUUUCAUCAUCUGAUCCAACAGUCAGGCCUUUCCAUGGUUUGUUGUUGUCUAGUAUGGAAUAAACUUGUGCAACUUUUUCUAUGUAAUUUACAGUGCCAGAAAUAUUUUCUAGAUCAGGCUUGUUACUGUAAAACUUCAAAGCUGCAGCUGUUUCCAUGCUGAAAAGCUAAAAGCAUAAAAAUUUCAUUAUAAUUUUUACAGCAAUAAGAAAUUAUUUUUUUAAUGUGAGUUUCGUGUAAGUUUCUAACCAGUUUUAAUCAUGUAAUUACCCUCAAAUGUAUUGUGUUUGUGUGAUAAUGUAAAUUAAAUUAUUAACCUAGGUUGUUUGUAAAAAAAAUGUUAAAUAUAAAACUAUACUGGUGA